AUGCCCUGGAAACCAUCAAACGAUUUUGAAGAAGAAAUUGUCAAUUUACAACCAGAUCAUGAUUUUAUAUUUGGUGCCCUAUCCGAACCGGAACCACAACCAUUUUAUCCUAGACCACAAUCGCAUAUCGAUUAUGCAGCCACUAAGAAGCGGCAAUCACGUAAACAACAAGAAGAAUAUGAGGAGACGGGACGAAUUAAUAAUCGUUUGCAUGCUAUAGCCCAGGUACAGCGUAUAGCUGGCACUAAACCACUGGGUGAACAACCCACUCUAGAUGAUUGGAAAAACAAUAAAUGUAGUGAGAACGAAAUUAUUGCAAUGAUGCGACAUUUUGGUUUGGGACCGAGUGUUGAAGAACCCCUAAGUGAAAAUGUGACCAUUGCAACAUAUCCCAUUAAGAAUGGUGUGGAAAUUGUGCAAACUAAAUGUCGAAAAAUCCCACUACUAUUCGAUGAUAAUCUAUUUAAAUUGAAACCAAAAGAUUCGUCGUCGUCGACAUCUUCAAAUUCUGCAAAUAGUUUUGAUAGUGCCAAUAAUAACAGUAAUAAUAUUGUGGGUGCCCCGACUAUAUCAACAAGUAGCUGUGAUACAAAUUCGUAUUCGUACCAUACUCCAAGUACUGGAGAUGAUGCUGGCGAUGACGAUUCAACUGAUGUAUCAUUUGGCAACUAUAGAAGGGCUCAAGAUCGGCGUUAUUCAUUGUUGAUGAAGCAGGAGAAUGCCAUGUUUGAUUAUCGUAAACUGCAUGAGGAAGAUGCAGGAGCUAAUGAUACCACCCAAAGUAGCAGUUGUUAUUCUAUGGCAUAUUCCAGUUGUGGUGAUGGUUAUGAAACGGCAACAACCACCUGUAGUAGUAGUGGCCACAAAUUAAAUAUUGAAAAGCUAAUCAAGAGAGAAACGGAGAAAAAAAAUAAUCGGCAGUCGAGGAAACAAAUUAAUGCCCGAAAGAACAAUUGCGAAUGA